AUGGAUCUCAAGGCGGAGCUUGCCCUCCUCCGCGUUGCUAAGGUCACUGGAGGUGCUCCUAACAAGCUCUCCAAAAUGUAUGCUCUUGAUUCUAUCUCAGUAUAUUGUACACAUGUUAUAUCGAUAUUCUCAUUGAUAUAUACACAAUUAUCUGUGGAUGCUCUAAAUAAGAUCGUUGAUUGUAUAGAUGGAAUGAUGAAUAUAUCAACUUACUCAACUAAGCACCAGGCCUCCUUGAGGACUGAGAGACAAAAGAAGGAGAUGCACUUCCCAUUGCGAAAAUACGUCUAUGCUGGGAACUUCUAUCCUGGUGAUCAUGACACUGUCAAUUAA